AUGUGUGUUCUCAGCGCCCCCAUGCACCGAAAGGACGUCCAUAAAUCCCCUGCUCUAGACUUAGUGGGAUGGUUUACAAUAACGCCUCCAAGCGGCCCAACGCCAGCUCAACUACCCCUUCACCGACAGAUUCUGGAACAUUACAACGAGGCCGCGUUAAUUCUAGCAUUCCAUGCCUCGGAGCUACAGAAUACGUCGUCGACCAUCGGUAAAUUGCCGCUCACGAUAUACGAAUCUGUUCAUGAAGAGGACGGUCCAGAAGAUGGAGAUAAAUCAAUGGAUAUCGAUGGCCAAGCUCACCAGCUAACGCUCCGUUUCAGAGAGCUCCCAUAUUCGAUCGAAACCGGAGAGGCGGAAAUGAUCAGUGUUGAUUUCGUAGCUAGCGGCGGCGGCAAUGCUACUGCAAUCGAUGCAAAGGGCGAAACGAGCUUAACGGGAAGACUGGCAAAGUCACAGAAGCAGGGAUCGCUUGGAGUAGGUACUCUCUCGCGGGAGGAUGAAGACUUAAUUGCAAACCUCACAAUGCGUCUCGACGCCGUUAAAACACUCGAAUCCCGCCUCCAUCUGAUCAAAUCAUAUCUCGAAUCAACCCUAUCCUCAACUUCCGACAACGGCCCUCCUUCGACGCCUCACUUGUCCAACUCCCUCCUCCGCAGCAUUUACUCGCUCAUUACUCACUUGGCCCUUCUAAACCCACGAUCUUCAAAUUCUUUCUCUGUCGAGUCCCUAGCUCAGGCCAACGAUGUUUUGCUUGUGGCUUUGCUAGGCUCAAUGGGGAAGAGUGUCCGGGGAAUGCGCGAGCUUGGCAAGAAAGUUGCUAUUGCAAACAGUAUAAGGCAGAGUGCUGCUAGGGAGGUACAGCAUCCCCUGGAUUCGCAGUCUCCACAACACGGAUUUAUGCGGGAGAGAGGAAAGGAAGGAAGUGCUCUGUGGGGUUAA